AUGGGACAGGUCCUGCCCACUCACCGUUCGGCCCAUUCUACAUUCGGUGGCCUAGCCCAACCCGCUAUCACCGAGGCUAUCCGCUUAUUAUCGAAGGGUCCUUUCCCCGUUGACCACCACCGCGCUGUACCCGAGCGUCAGCGCUGGAGUUGGCACAAUAUCUGUGUCGAUCCUUUCUCGGACCUCUCAGUCGCCUACACAACCGAUGGCAAGGACUCACACCUGGCGCCUACUGCAUACUCCCUGCAACUCGAAUUCUGGGGAAUCGCACGGCUCAUCUUAGAGCCCAAAGAGUGUCCGGAUGUGGUUCCGAUGUGGAUCGAAGGCUUCGACGAUGUCAUGCAUGAGAGUCGGGAAUUCCCACGAUUCCUUCCUCGGCCUGGCAAACGUGUUAGCGUUACCUUUGGCUCCAAGGUGGACUCGGAUGCCGUAUUUGGGGAAAUGAGAUCUCGAUGGCAGAAGUUGAAAGCGAAAGUCGAAAAGAAAUACCCGGAAUCCCGAGAUCUGCCUCUGGGUGUGCUAAGCGAUGAGCUGUUGACUGAUAAAGAAGCUGUCGAGCUGCGCAAAGAGGUCACCUUGAAGAUCAGGAACCUUGUAUUGGACGUUCGCCGAUCGCGCGGAUUGCCCGAUGAGGACCCGAAGGAGGGCCUGGUGGAGACUUGGCUGGAGGAGGGUCCCCAGCGUGAGGGUCAUAUGAAGGAUGAUUCCUGGGUUCGGGAUAUCUAA